GGGAGAGGUAGUCACUGUUUAAUAUAAUUGCAAGUUCGAUUCAAUAAACAAUGGAACUUAGAGCGAUUUUAAUGUUGAGCGGUUUUCUUAUCUUCACUGAGAUCGCUGGUUAUGCUAUUGACAAUGCCUGCCGAACAUAUGAAGGAACAUAUGGUGACUGCAUUCCUUUGCAGAAUUGUGAUAGCUUAUUUAAAAUUGCUUUGAAACCAGAUCUACAAGUAGCAGACAUAUAUUUUAUUAGAAGACGAAAAUGUGGCGUUGCCAAUAAUAUACACUACGUUUGCUGUCUAAAAGAGGAAAAUCGAGUAACUCCAAAACCUACUUAUAGUACCUGCCAGACACCAAACUCUGUUCUUGGAUUAUGUAAACCUAUUAAGGGUUGCAGCGUCUUAAUGAAUCUGGUGCGGAAAUCAACGAGAUCAUCUAAUGAAACAAGCUUUCUGCAAAAGAGUCAAUGCGGAUAUAUAAAUGGAGAGUUUAUGGCUUGUUGUCCGGUACAUCCAACUGUAUCAGAAAUCCAGCAGACGGCCACGACAAUCGCGACAGUAAUUUCCCCACCGCCAUUGUGCCAACCACCAAGCAGCACUCCAGGAAAAUGCAUACCGAUUGGAGGUUGUAAAUUUUUGCUUGAUUUGGUUAGAAAAUACAACAGAACACACGAAGAAACUACUUUCUUAAUACACAGUAAAUGCGGAUAUGCGAACAGAAAUGUUUUGGUGUGCUGUCCCCUAUCAAAAGCUGAUGAUAGUUUCGUAGGCAUAACAAUGGAAGCGGGGAGUAUGUCUCCUAAUUUUGCAAUCAUCAAUUCUACAGAGGAAGGACCAAAUGAAAAUGUCAAAGAAAAUAUCAUUGAUAAGAAAAAUUACACCGUUGCACCGGCAAAUCCAAUGAGCUUACCGUCCCCGCCAGCGUGUGGCAGAGCUAAUAUUGGAAAUCGUAUAUUUGGUGGUAAUGAAACCAGUAUCGACGAAUAUCCCUGGACAGCGCUGCUGCUUUAUACCAAUAGCGAUGACGACUUAGAUUUUCUAUGCGGCGGUUCUCUCAUUAACACAAAUUUCAUACUCACCGCAGCGCAUUGUAUAGCCGAACGUGAUCUGCCGAGAGAUUGGCAUCUCACUGGUGUGCGUUUGGGUGAAUGGAAUACCAGAACGGAGCAGGACUGUGAAUAUGACAAUAAUGGCAAUACAUUUUGUGCGCCAGCGCAUCGAGAUAUCGAUGUGCAGACAACAACAAUUCAUCCGCAAUACAGCAGCGGUUCUAAAGUAAAUGAUAUAGCUUUGUUGCGUUUAGCAGAAAGCGUGGAUUAUACAGAUUUUAUAAGCCCCAUAUGCCUACCUUUGACGGCGAGUCAGCAAGCGGCGAGAUAUGAAGGUGCCGCAGCGGAAAUUGUCGGUUGGGGAGCAACUGAAAGGAGCUCACAUAGUGAAAUCAAAUUAAAAACAAUUGUCACAGUUAUGACUGCCACUCAGUGUGGUUUAAAUAACUUGCGUAGUCGAAUUACAAUUGGUGAUAAGCAAAUAUGCGCGGCUGGAAUUGGUACCGAUUCUUGUCAUGGUGAUUCUGGUGGGCCACUUAUGCUACUGGAGACAGAGAAUGGCAAAGUGGCUUAUCAUUUGAUUGGUUUGGUUUCGUUUGGCACUGGCAAUUGUGGAAAGACGAGGACGCGUGGCAUUUAUACACGUGUUGGAGCUUAUCGGCAGUGGAUCGAGGAGACUAUUGCGAAAUAGUGUUUGAAUAUAUAUAUUUUUUUA